AUGAUCCGGAUGUUGAUUAGUGAUGCCUGGAUCCAGACAGACCACGCUGCUCUUGCUAUAGAGAUGGACGCCUUUGACUUGUUUCGGAAACUCGGGGCUGGAGCUAAAUUUGACCUGAAGAGGUUUGGUCAAGACGCCGCCCGGUUCAAGGUAAAGUUAAUAAUUGUAGCCAAAGAUGUAAGGAUGAAGACAGCGAGUGAUGAGAGCGGCAGCAGUCGUUAUUCAGCUACGUAUUUUAGCUAACCUUCUUUGGUGCCAACAUGAAAGUGAACGGCAUGUUUGAUUUAGAUUUUCUUCCAUCCUUAAAAUUUAAGGAAAGUUUUUUGCGCUAAUAUGAGAUAUUGUUCAUACAGUCGUGAUGUGUCUCUUAAUACAGGGAGUUAAACCAGGAGGGACAGCGUCGCUGGAUCCUCUCUCUGCGAUCGACUUUUUCGGCACAGGAACAAGCAGCAGAGCCCAGAGCAGCUCUGCAGAACUGAGGGAGGAUGAGGAGGAUCUGGAGGAGAGUGAUGAAGAGGAAGAUGGGAAUAUGGAGAGUGAUUCUGGUGUUGGAGGCAAAAGAAAGCGAAAGGAUGAGGUUAAAGACGUCCGGACAAAGAAGAAGAAGAAAAACAAAAGUAACCAGGCAGAGGUAGAAGGUAAAAAGUCUGUCUCUUUGCAGAGGUUCACUGUUUUUUGGGUGAAUAUGUCGAUAUUUCUUUGGCUUUUGUUAUGCAUUCAUGCAAGACUCUAAAUUUGCGUUUGACCCUAAAUUAAUUUUACGCCGGAAUAUCCCUUUAAGGAAUGGAUUUUAAUACCUUAUUCCUUUUGCACAAAUGUGUGCUAAAAAUGCACAGCUCAUAAUUUUGUGUCUGUGGUAUACAUUUCACACAGAUGCAGUCUUGUGUUUUGUACUUGAAAUGAUGUAAAUGUCUAAAGCUAAAGAGUCAGUGCUCUGCCUAUCCUUUGUCUCACUGAAGCUGGUGGUAAACCACUGAAAACAGAAGGAAAUGGCAUCACCUGGACCUCCUCAAUGGACAGAAAGAUGCAAAGCCUACCUGAGUCUGGGAAGGAGAAAUCCUCUCUGAAGAGGCUAAAGCAGCUUCAUCAGGAAAAGGUCCACAUUGAAACACAAGUGCAAAAUGAUUACAAAAAAAUAUGUUUUAUGCUGUAUGGACUCUACUUUGUCUUUUUUAUACCCCAUAUUCAGUCUCUUGUUUCAUUUUUUUAAUCCAGGUGAACCGUAUUCGCUCUCAGCAUCGUAUAAACGUGCACGGCUGUGAUGUUCCUGACCCUGUGUGCACCUUUGAGGAGCUGCAGUCAGAAUACAGUUUAAACCCACGUAUCCUUCAGAGUCUCAGCGAAGCAGGGCUCGAUACACCAACCCCAGUACAGAUGCAGGCAAUACCCCUCAUGAUGCAUGUGAGUGCAGAACCACACUAACUUUCAGUGGCUACAACAAAACGUGCAAAUGUGUGUGUAAUGGUUAUUUCCCUGUGUCUGCUUUCAGGGUCGGGAGCUUCUGGCUUGUGCUCCCACAGGAUCAGGGAAAACUUUAGCUUUUUGUCUGCCGUUGCUCGCCCACCUCAAGCAGCCGGCAAAUCUCGGCUUCAGAGCUGUGAUCAUCUCCCCCACGAGGGAACUGGCAAGCCAGGUACACACACACACUUAAAGUUUGUUAGGUACUACAGUCAAAUUAUAGGAGGAUAAGGUAAGAAUUUAUCAAGGAAUUUAAUUGGUGAAAUAGUUGGUACAUGUUUUAUUUACAAUGUUGUGGGAUGAUUUUAGCUCCAACCUUCAGUGUUUUACCCCUGUCUCUCUUGAGCUGCCCCCUCAAUGGAAGGCAGGCAGUUUGUUGUUGACAAUGUUUUACUUCGUUCUUUCUGCUUAGACUUACAGAGAGCUGCUGCGUCUGUCAGAGGGUGUCGGAUUCAGAGUUCACAUCAUUGACAAAGCCUCUUUAGCAGCAAAGAAGUAUGGACCACAGUCUAACAAAAAAUACGGUAAGAGGAGGAAGGUUUUUAUCACAGGAAAGGUUAGUGAAUAAAAAUGUGACAUUAUGAUGAAUCAAUCUUUCUGGAAAUGUUUUUCUCUGCAGAUAUACUCGUCAGCACUCCGAACAGACUUAUUUUCCUGCUAAAUCAGGAUCCUCCUGCUCUUGACCUCAGCAGGUACGAUGACAAAAACUUUGCAUGCAGUUACAUAGAAAGGUUGAUGAAUGUGUAAACCAUAAAACCACAGAACAAAAAUAGAAAAGAAGCCUCAUAAACACUGGAAAGGGAUGACAAAAAUCAAGUACAUACCUUUAAAAUGCGCGAGAAGUCGUGACAAUGGUGCUUUUUUCAAUUAAGAAAAUGUGUCAAAUGUCAUAUCUGUUAUAAAAUAAAAACAAAAAUACAAGGAUUAAUUGUCUUUUUUUGUCUUCAGUGUGGAGUGGCUGGUUGUAGAUGAGUCUGAUAAGCUGUUUGAGGGCGGUAAGACGGGCUUCAGGGAGCAGCUCGCCUCCAUCUUUCUUGCCUGUUCUGGUCCAAAGGUGCGCAGGGCUUUUUUCAGCGCCACCUGUACAACCGAUGUGGAACAGUGGUGCCGCCUGAACCUGGACAACUUGGUGUCGGUCAACAUUGGACACAGGUGACUAUCUACAAGUACAGCUCUGUGCUUCUGGAGCUCACAUUGUUUUGUUUCACACCAGAGACUGAUUUUUUUUCGAUGUUGUCAGAAAUACGGCAGUUGAGACGGUGGAGCAGGAGCUGCUGUUUGUUGGGACAGAGAAUGGCAAACUGGUGGCCAUGAGAGACAUCAUCAAGAAGGUGAGGACACUGACAAGGACAUUGAAUCAAGCAAUGUCCCUGUUAAAAAGCAGUCUACAGCCAGACUCUUACUGUGAACUGUUUUAUAAUGGGGGAAAAAGAAGUUCAGAAACAAAUACAGAUCCUGCUUCAUCAUGUUACUGUGAAUAAAAAUAUCCCCUCCCUGUUGCUUUCAGGGCUUCCUGCCUCCCAUGCUGGUGUUUGUUCAGUCCAUAGAGCGAGCGAGAGAGCUCUUUCAUGAGCUGGUGUACGAAGGCAUCAAUGUGGACGUGAUCCAUGCAGACAGAACGCAGCAACAGGUGCAUGCUCGCAAAUUUUUUCUGUAUGAUGUGGAUGAGGCUUGUGUCACACUGAAUCAGCUUCAUCUUCCUCCUUAACUUCUGUGAUAGAGGGACAAUGUGGUGAACAGCUUUCGCUCCGGUAAGAUCUGGGUGCUGAUCUGCACGGCUCUGCUCGCCAGAGGAAUCGACUUCAAAGGGGUGAACCUCGUGUUGAACUAUGACUUUCCCACCAGUGCUGUGGAGUACAUCCACAGAAUAGGUUAGUAGGUGACAAACCAAGAAAUUUCUGCUCCAGUUACUUUCAAAAAUCAAGAGAUAUUUACAUCCCCAUGAUGUAAAUAUCUUUUCAUUUUUGAAAAUAAUCUGUGCUGUCAAGUCUGAUGAGUUGCAAAUAACAGACAUGCACCUCUUUCUAUCAAGUCAUUUGUGUGUCAUUCUGUUUCCAAUUCAUCAGGGAGGACUGGCAGAGCUGGACACCAGGGGAAGGCCAUAACCUUUUUCACAGAAAAUGACAAGCCACUGCUGCGGAGGUACGUGAGAUACACAAUACUUAAGAGAGUCUUGUGAGUAUUAUUAUUGCAAACUCCUAGUUUUUAGUGUGUGACAGUGAUUUAGCCUCUACAUAUAAAGGUCUAAGUGGUGCCAUUAGACACAGGCUUAUGAGGGCAUUAAGCACAGUCAUCAGCUGUUAAGAUGCAUGUACAUACCACAACUUUCUUGGUCAUGUAAACUAGUGUUGAUCAGCAUUUACUACUUUAUGAUGUUUUGAAAGUAGCUGAAAAGAAAGGAAGGUAAAUGUUGAGCAUAGUGAACAAUAGUAAUGUAGAACAGAUGCGGCAAAGAGGAGUGAGGGUUCUCGGUAUUUAUUAUAGCUUACCUAAAAGAGGAAAAAGUGUCUGAACUUUAGUUGACACCGGAGUAAAAUUCAUUUGAUAAAAUAUGUUUGAUUUAGUGGACUACUGCUCAUUCAUGCCACAUGUAUCUUAAAGAAAGAUAUCUAAUUGUUUAGGGUCGUCAUGAGAUGUUUUACAGUAAAAGUCUGUAUUUGAUUGUUUCUUUUUGCAUCUCUUUGUAACAGCAUUGCUAAUGUCAUAAAACAAGCAGGCUGUCCUGUUCCUGACUACAUGGUUGGCUUCAAGAAGAUACACAGGUAAGAAAAAAAUAAAUACAUCUAAAGGUCUUACUUUUGCGGUUAGUUCAACUUUUGGUUUACAGUAUUUCAAUGUUGUUGUUUUUUUAGCAAACAGAAGCGGAGACUUGAGAUGAAACCACCAAAGAGGAGCACCAUCUGCACAACUCCCCGCUUUUUAAUGAAGAAAAAAGGAAAAGCAGCAAAUAAAGGAAAGAAAAGUGAGGGGCAGGUAGAGGGUGGAGAGCCGAAAGGAGAAAGCGGAUCUGAAACAGCAGUGCAGCAGCCAAAACUGGAAAAGAGGACAAAAGGACAGAAGCUGAAGAAAAGAAAUAAAACACAAAAGGAAGCAGGAACAGAGAAAACGAAGAAGUUGGCUCAGAGGAAAGGAUCAAAAUUGUCAGGAGCCAAGUUAAAAAAGUGAGGAUGUGUGUUGAUAUUGGUCUUACUACAUUUACCUUGUGCCAUAACAGCUAAUAUAUGUUACAGUCUAAUGGUAUUUGUAUUAUGGUUCAUUUUCCACUGGAUUCAACCUUGUUUUUCUGUAUGUGUGUUUAGUGUGCUUUCUGUUGGUUUUUUAUGUAGAAUAUGUUGACAGCUCUGAGUUAAAAUGACUAUCUUUGCUCUCUAUUACUUCAACAUUCAACCUUAAGAUGACUAAAAUCAUGUGUAGUACCUUCCUACAGUGAUAUCCCCACAAUAAAAAAACUGCCAACCCUAAAAAACUUGCUGUCCUCAGUACAAAGUUCUUUACAGAUUUAUUAAAAAAGUUUGGAGUUGAACUGAUUCGUGUUUUUCUCUAAUCUGUCCUGCAGGAAAAGGGUUGAGAAGUAAACCAGAGAAGGCAUCCAGGAAAACAGGAUGACGAGUAUUUUGAAAAUGGAUGUGAAUUUUUUCAUGUUUUAUAAUUAUAUCUUGCUGUCUAAGAAAUGCAAAUUUGUAUGAUGUGAGAUUAAAAUAAACAGUUUUAUACACAAA